AUGGCAAUGAACAUCGACUCUUUCAAACAACUAACAACCCGAAUCGGACAUUUACUGAUGCGAAGAUGUGGUUCAAUGUCAACUUUAAUUACCUUCGUCGUUUACGCUCCAAAAUCAAGAUACGACAAAGAAAAAGUCGAGGCUUUCUAUAUGGACCUGGAGAAGUUCUACGGAAAAGAUUAUAACUUCUACAAGGUCACAGUUGGCGAUUUCAACGCUAAAAUUGCCCCCAAAAAGAACACCUGA